CAAACGGCAAACAGAAAAAAUGGGAAACAAGUUUACGGUGAAAAAACGGGUCGACAAAAGCACAGGUAGUAAAUCAAAGGUCGAUUGUCCCAUAUGUUUGUCGACCAUUGAAAAGAAGUGCCGACUCGACAGCUGUGGACACGAGUUUUGUCGCAAAUGUUUGCUCCGAUGGACAGAUAGCCAACGGACGUGUCCGGUAUGUCGACAACUGUUUACAAAGAUUUGCGAUGAGUUUGGGGCCGAUAUUCAUAAAGACAUUCAUCGGGAGACCAUUCGUAGAGUAGAGAGAAGUAUUAAAGACGACAACAUUUAUAUUCAAUAUCUUUAUGACAAAAGACAACAAAAGAAAAAAUUGCUAAAACUAUUGGUCAAUAAAGACGAGAACAAUAGUWAUCAGAAAAAAGAGUUGAAGACACUGUUGAGGUCUAAAAUGAUGGCCGAUAUUAAUGCCAAAUAUGGCAAUUAUGUCAUACCUUUUGUAGACUAAUCAUCAGAUUUUAUGAUUUUUAAGGAAAGUUAGAUCUAUAUAUMAAGUGAUGGCUAUAAGUG